UCUAGUAAAUAUACUUUUGCCAGUUUAUAGCCUUGGUCUUCAUAGCUAGCCACGAAUAUUAAGCUGCUUAUUUUCGUGGAACUACAUUGAAUACUUUCUCAAAUCUCCCCUUGAACUCUUUGUUUAUAUAAUCUUAUUUCAGUUGUCGUCGAAUUAACCAUGAACAAAUGCAGUGCAUACAACCGUGUAUUCCAACAUUUUGAUGAAGACAAAGAUGGUAAAAUCUCAGCCCUGGAACUGUGUCGUUGCAUUGAAUCAAUAGGUGGCGGGUUGCUGAUGGAAGAGGCUGAGACAGUGAUUGAAUCCUUGGACUCAGAUGGAGAUGGGUUGCUGGGGUCGGAGGAUUUUGUUGGUUUAAUGGAAAGUGGGAGUGAAGAAGAGAAAAUAAAGGACUUGAGAGAAGCCUUUGAGAUGUAUGACACAGAUGGAGCCGAAUGCAUCACACCAAAGAGUCUGAAGAGUAUGCUUAGCCGACUUGGCGAGUCAAGAGCCCUUGAAGAAUGUGUUGUUAUGAUUAACCAGUUUGAUCUUGAUGGCAAUGGGGUGCUUAAUUUUGAAGAGUUCAAGGACAUGAUGAUACAUUGAGUCAUGUGCCGCGUAGAUUUUUUUUUGGGAAAUUUAAGAAGUAUGUAGUUGAGUAACAAACCUCUUUUUAGUGUUGAAUAGUGUGGUGUGAUAUUUUUAUGUCCUUUGUCAAAAUAAUACCAUUUAAUGUAUUUUUGGGCCUUGUAACAACCCUAUACCUCUCAUGCCUUAACGCUUUCCUAGCAUCACGGGCCUAACAGUUCAAUUAUGGGAAUUCACUUUACGACGAGGGUGGCACCAACGGAGACAAGAAGACACAGAAGAGUAAAAAAUUAAAGAUUCAGAGAGGAAAAGAUAGAGUAGAAAGAACACAACACAACUAUCACCUGCUAGAAACAGAUGGCUCUGAUACCAUAAGGGGGGAG